UUGCUCCCCGUAUGGGCAACCUUCGUACCCUUCCAACUUGCCGUGUCCCAGCUCCGAAGCUACGUAGCUGUCCAGGCUCUACAGUCCAACACCAGACUGUUCGAGACAAACUUCAAAAUCCCUGCGUCGUUCCAUGAUGUCUUCUUCAAGCUUGUUGCGGCGAUGUGGAUCCCGAUCUACGCCAAAUUCCUCAUCCCGAUAGCUCAGAGGAUCAGUGGAAGAGAAGGAGGGAUCACGGUGCUUCAAAGGGUUGGGACUGGGUUGUUCCUUGGGGUUGUAUCAUUGGUCAUGGCUGGAUUGGUUGAAGAGAGGAGGAGGAUGGUCUCAUCCAUGGCAAGCCUGUGGUUGGUUCCUCAUAUCACGGUGGCUGGAGUUGCCGACAAGAUGGCACUAGUUGGACUGGUGAUCUUCAGCCAACAGGAGUUUCCAGAGAGAAUGAGAGGUGUUGCUUGGUGGGUGCCGCUCUUCCUUGCUCGAGGGAUGGGAUAUUCCUUGGCUGGGAUUUUGGUUUCAUUGGUUCACAUAGUCGGGUACUGGCUUCCUGAUGAUCAAAACCAAGGCAAGCUAGACUCCUACUUCUUCUUCAUUGCUGGGAUAUUGAUCAUCAACUUUGUGUGUUUCCUAUACUCUGCUAAAAAAUACGAGUACCGAUGCCAAUUUGAAGUUAAGCAGGAAGAAGCAACUGAUGAGCCAUAG